AUGAACAUCACCAAAUCCGGCCCCACAGAACCCGAAUACAUCUUCACCGCUCCAACCCACCUUGUAACUCAAGGCGGUAACCUGACAAUCUACAACACCGACGGCGAACUAGUAUGGCAGGGACCGCGUGGCAACAUGACCUAUUUCCGGCCGGGAAUCCUGCACGGCGAGCAGGUUCUAGUCUACUGGCCUGGCAUGGCAAUUCGCAGUGGCUUUGGAGCAGGGGUUUUUCAUGUUCUGAAUAGUGCCUAUGAGGAAAUCUAUCAGGUGACGCUGGAUGCGGAUGAGAGCUUGGAUGGGUUUGUCACGGAGCGUGGGACGAUCCUUGUUGGUGCGGUGAAUGUCACGCAUGUUGAUCGCGAUGCUCCACCGGGUGUGGAAUGGGUUCUCGAUUACUUGUUUUAUGAUAUUGACAUUGUAACCAACCAUGUGUUGUUCCGCUGGAGUGCGCUCGAGCACCCUGAUGUGGGUACGCCGGCAGAGUCUUUGAGAUCUGUGUCAGGCCUUGGGACCAAAAAGGAAGAACCAUGGGAUUUUGUGCAUCUUAAUGGAUUUGUGCCUUCUGGUGAUGGCUAUCUCAUCUCGGCUAAUUACAUGAGGUUGUUAUAUUCAAUCGGCAAGGACGGAGCGGGCGUAAAUGGCGGGGAUUUCAAACCCGGCCCAAAUACCCAAUUUGCCGGACAGCACAACCCCUGGAUAAUCAACCAAACCCCCGACACCCUCACUGUCUCAAUCUAUAAUGACGCCAAGGGCCCCAACCAAACUCACACUGGCCUCCUCCUGGAUCUCAAUCUCACUGCCAAAACCGCCUCCCUAAACCGGAAGCUAUAUGACCCCUCCGAACCCGUCUACACCCAGUCCCAAGGAAAUUACCAGAGUCUCACCAAUGGCCAUGCCUUCCUAGGCUGGGGUUCAGCUCCUAAAAUUGAGGAAUAUGAUGCAGAAGGAAAAUGCGUCAUGAGGGCUUUGCUUGGAUCUGAAGCGUAUUUCUGGGGAACUCAUACAGCCUUCCGGCUUCCAUGGGUGGGGAAGCCAAAUACGUCGCCGGAGGUAUUUGCAUGUUUGUUUCAUGGUGCGACGAUGGCAUGGGAUAUCUGGACUGGGAAUCAGGGCGUUACUGGGGAGGAGGUCGGGUAUGUGGCUACGGUUGGGAAGAAUGGGUUUGAGACGGAGGCUCGCGUUGAGGGGAUACAUUCUACUGUGAUGGUUGAGGCUGUGGGAGGACUGAAUGAUCGGAGGCAGUCGGAUCAUAUUCACGUACAACAGACUUGUUAAUAUUCAUUUCUCAUCAAUAGUAUAAUAAAAGCAC